AGAGUGCCGCUCCACCAACACUAUGUCUGUCGCAAUGCCAUUGCGCCAGUUCCAGGCGCGCAUAGCGCAGCCAUGGAUCUGUACAGCAUGUUCGCGCUCGCUCAGCCGCAUACCGCGCACCCGCGCACCCGCAAUUCCCACUGCACGCCGAUGGAUAAGCUCGAAUAACACCACUGGCGACACAAGGCACGGCACUGUACCGAGCAUGGACCAGAUGCACGCCCGCUACAAGCAGAAGAACCGGACAGUCAUGAACUACGUCUUCAGCGUAAUUGUAGGCUUCGUCGCAAUCACAUACGGCUCCGUGCCCAUGUACAAGAUGAUAUGCCAGCAAACCGGCUGGGGCGGCCAACCCAUAAAAUCCGCAGCCCACGGCGGCACCGACCCCAACGCCGACCCCGCCGAGCGCCUGAAGCCUGUUGAAAACCACCCGCGCAUCCGCAUCACCUUCAACGGCUCGGUUUCGGACGUCCUACCCUGGAAAUUCGUCCCGCAGCAGCGCGAAGUGCGCGUCCUCCCCGGCGAGACUGCGCUCGCGUUUUACACGGCUACGAACAAGUCCGACGAGGACAUCAUCGGCGUGGCGACGUACUCGGUCACGCCGGGCCAGGUGGCGCCGUACUUCAGCAAGAUACAGUGUUUCUGCUUUGAAGAGCAAAGAUUGAAUGCGGGCGAGACGGUGGAUAUGCCGGUAUUCUUCUACAUUGAUCCCGAGUUUGUCACGGAUGCCAACAUGAAGGGAAUUGAGACGGUGACGUUGAGCUAUACGUUUUUCAAGGCGAAGUAUGAUAAGGAUGGGCAUUUGAGGCCGGUUCCUAUGGGGUGAGACGGGGGAUUGUAAAUAUGGAGCUCAGUGCAACGCGCAUGGGCGAGAUUGCUAACAUUACUGUACAUGUACUGAGAAUCAUCCAAGGAAGUUCUCACCCGGCGGCUCGCGCAGCCAGGUAGUCACUGCACAACACACUCCAUCUCGUUCCUUCCCCUUCUGCCCAUCAGAACAUCCAAACACCCCAAACCUCUCCUCCACUCCCAACUCACUACUCGUUCAUACCAUCCACAUCACUACCACCAUUCACUCACAUCCAUACCAACGCACACCUGCGUUCAUUCGUUAACACACCACCACCAUGCGCCUAACCUGCUGCACCGCCGAGCUGCGCCUCUCCCGCCUGAAGCCAUACAAACACGC